AUGGAAGCCUCGUAUUCCCUGCCGUCGUCGGCAUUGCCGCACGCUCACCGGGUUCACACUCAGUCCCAGCCGGCAUCGCUCAACACAUGGCGAAUGACGGUGUCAAGCGAGAGUCUGCCCUCUGCGCUGGAAGACGACGAGGACGAAGAUCACGAUCACAAUCACGAUCGCGAUCCUGACCAUGACCAUGACCAUGACCAUGAUCACGACCACAAUUACGACCACAGCCGCUCCCAUUCCCACUCCAACCCGCGCUCGCAGGCGUAUUCCAUCCCGCCGCCACUGCCCUCUCCCUCGCACUUGCACGCGCACUCCUUCAGCUUCCCACGCCAUGGCCGCAGCGGCUCGCAAACUUCCAAUGCGAGCUCCUCCGAGAAGCCGUCAAUAGGGGGCGCAGGAAGCUGGUCUCAGGCGAGGAGGAACCGCUAUACACCAGAAGUCAUUGACGAAUCUGCUCACGACCAUGACCAUGACCACAAUCAUGACCACAGCCACAGCCACAGCCACUCCCACUCUCAUUCUAAUGGCCAUAGUCACGACCAUAGUCACAGUCACCACCAUGGCCAUGACCACACCCACGAGCGGUCUCUCUUCACAAGAACAAUCCUCCCCUACACGGUUGGAUGGCCCAUUCUUUAUUCCAUAAUAGCUGAGAAAGACUCGAGGCGGAUAUUCUACUUUAUGUCGCUCAACUUUGGUUUCAUGAUCAUCCAGGCCUUCUAUGGCUACGUAACCGACUCGCUGGGCCUUCUCAGCGAUAGUAUCCACAUGUUCUUCGACUGUGUUGCCCUGCUCGUAGGAUUGCUAGCAGCUGUCAUGAGCAAGUGGCCGAAGAGCCAGCGGUUCCCAUACGGCUUCGGAAAGGUCGAAACGCUGAGCGGAUUCGCCAAUGGCAUUCUGUUAAUGCUCCUCAGUGUUGAAAUUGCGUUCGAGGCAUUCGAGCGAUUGUGGGAGGGAACGCAGACAAAGCGGCUGGGCGAGCUCUUCGUUGUCAGCAGCCUUGGCUUGGCCGUGAAUUUGGUUGGCAUGAUGGCGUUUGGACAUCACCACCACGGCCACGACCAUGGACAUGGGCAUAGCCAUGGGCAUUCUCACGGCGAGCACGACCAUGGAUGCAGCUCACACUCGGGCCAUAACCAUAACCACGGCCACGGCCAUGACCAUGAUAAUGAAAAUAUGCGCGGCAUCUACCUGCAUGUUUUGGCAGACACCUUGGGCAGUGUCUCAGUCAUUGUAUCUACAGUUUUGACGAGCUUCUGGGGCUGGGCCGGGUGGGAUCCGCUGGCUUCGUGCUUCAUUGCUGGUCUCAUCUUUCUAUCUGCACAGCCACUCGUGUUUUCAGCAGCGAAGCGUCUACUUUUGACCGUUCCCGAGGGUGUCGAGUACAACCUGCGGAACAUUCUUGCCGGCAUUGGACAACAGCGAGGCGUUGUGAGCUACGCGACUCCGAAAUUUUGGAUGGAUGAUCAUGGAGGCAAUCAGUUAUUGGGCGUUGUUCAUGUCACGGUGGCCCGUGGCGCUGCCCUGGAGGAGACCAAAGACCGUGUUCGAGAGUAUCUGCUCAAGGAGGGCAUUGAUGCCGUUAUACAAUCGGAAGCUGUGAUGACUCGCAGUGAGCCUCGCAGCUCUGCGUGGGGAAAUUCUUACACCAGCAAGCACAACAGCCGGGAAUGGGUUGCGCUGUCUGGUGGCGAUGCGCAGGAAUGCCCAGAUGGUAGUUGUGCUUCCGUCUAUCGGGGGAGACCGCCUGGAGAGCUGAAGUUUUGCUUGCGCUUGUAUGAGGACGACCCAGACGAUGCUUCGUAUGUGUAUGAGAGCGACGAGGACGAUGAACCUUUGGAGUACGACUCGAAUGCCGAGGACGAUGACCGCGAUGAGGUGACCGGGGAAGAGAAUGAGAUGACCUCAUCUCAUUCUCAAGAAUCGGAUGCGGAGGAAGAGUAUAAGUGGUUUUUCAACCCUAGUGGGCUCGAUCCCCAGCCAGAGUACGAUACCGAGUUCCUCCCGCUCUCUGCGCCAUACGACGACGAAGGCGGGGCGGAAGACGAAGAUAUAGGAGUUGAUCAUCAUAUCAUGGCGCUCCCAACAGCCCGCAGAUACGAACACGUCGCUGGCCCGGGCUGCUGUAACCUUCGAGGCUAUCACGGGGAUAGGAUUACUCUCGAGGAGAUGAUAGAUUGCCAUACGGUGCAGGGGCUUUACAAGAAGACGAGCGAUUGGACGCCGAGUGACGAUGACAUGGAUUUUGAGAGAGAAUCAAAGAAUUAUCAUCUUACGGGGCUAUCGGACUGUAUGCCUCCGAACGGAGGAGAUGUGAAGUGCGCACCGAUUCGUGGUGGAGCAGAUUGGUUCCAUGCGUCCAACCUCAGCGACACAUGGAAAGAUCUCUUUGGAUGGGGAACUUAUGUCCUACCAUUUCACCCUACCUGCUUUGAGAUAUUCAUCAGAAUAAGCAAGCGGCAGAUGGGAAGAGUUAGCCUCGACUCAUUGAUGAAGCUCGAGAGUACCGCCUCCCGUAGCAUGUUUGGUGAGCGGCAUCCCGACAUUGUGGAUGCGAGAAACAAGGGCUGGAAGUGGUCUUGUUUGCUUGGCACGGAGUAUCUUGCGGCCAAUCCCGUCUUCAUCUCCGGCUUCAGGGAAAUUUGCGACGCAGCCAUCUUUGACACGGAGGAUUUUGAUAGCCGAAGCAGCCCGUUUCCAGAGCGAGCUGAGAAGCGAGAUGUUUCCGCAGUGCCAGACGACCCGUUUUUGAAGCUGCCAACAGAGCUUAAGCAUACGAUUGCUUGGCAUCUCGGCUCAAAGGAUAUAGCAUCGCUGCGAAUGGCGUCUCGGGCAUUCUGUCAUCUCCCCAUGACUUUAUGGCAUACGUUAAUGGUCCGAGAGAUGCCGUGGGUGUACGAAGCUUGGUGCGACGACCCUACGCCCUACCCAUGGGCCAUGGCAGACGCCUCUUACUUGAAGCAGAUGCGGGAGCGGGAGGAAGCGUACACGGCCGAGCGAACCCGCCGAGCAGAUGUUUUAAAGGCCAACGAGCCUGAUUUCUAUCCCAUCUGGGAAGAGAACGAGCCCAAGUCUCCGCCGCUGUCGCCUGAAUUGGAAGCUCAGACAAGGCUGUUUGGGGAAAAGAAGCGAGCUAUGGCGCCCGUGAGACUACCGCGUGAUAGGACGAAUUGGUAUCAGCUGUAUACGGACAUUAAAGCAAACGAGGACAAGUUGAAGGGACUGCGCAACAGGAAGAGGAUAUGGGCGACUGUGGGCGAAAUUGUGCAGAAUGUUAAGAAAUGCUGGGAGGCGGAGUCGGUUGAGAUUAACACGCCGUUUGCUAUAAUGGAGGUUGAUGGCUGA